GAAGAGUUAAAAGAAGAUAUUCUUUCAUAGAAAUAGUCCUAUAGUAUCAUGUUACUAAAGAAAACUAAAGUGUACAUAUUUAAGUUAUUAGACUUGCUAAUAUAAGCAUAAAUGUGCAGCAGCUACUGUAUACUGAUAGCUACCAAACCUCAAAUUUAAAGAUUUCCCUUCAUGGAAAAGUUACUAUUUUUUGCAAGAAACCACUGAACACUGUCAUCAAAUAUUUUUUCAGCAAAGUAUCAUUUAGGAAAUUUUUCUUGAAACAAACUCUAUAAAGUUCUAAGUCCUACCAUUGAGUGAAUUUGAUAUUAUGGCAGCAACUUACAGACUUGUGGUUAGCACUGUGAACCAUUAUAGCAGUGUACUGAUAGACCGGCGCUUUGAACAAGCCAUACAUUAUUGCACUGGAACCUGCCAUACCUUCACACAUGGGAUAGACUGCAUUGUGGUGCAUCAUAGUGUUUGUGCAGACCUCUUGCAUAUCCCUGUAUCUCAGUUCAAAGAUGUGGAUCUGAACUCUGUGUUUUUGUCUCAUGAAAAUGGGCUUUCCUCAGCUGAAGACUAUCCCCAUCAGGCCCUCACAGGCAUACCCAGGGCCAAGAAAGCAUCUACAUUUCAGAAUACCUGUAACUUAAAGGACAUUGCAGGAGAAGCAAUCAGCUUUGCCAGUGGGAAAAUAAAGGAAUUUUCCCUUGAAAAACUCAGAAAUGCAAACCAUGCAGCUUACAAAAAAGGAAGAAAAGUUAAAUCUGACUCAUUUAAUAGGAGGUCAGUUGAUUUUGACUUACUCUGUGGCCAUUAUAACAAUGAUGGGACCUCUCCAUCCUUUGGCUUACUCCGGAGUUCCUCAGUGGAGGAAAAAUCUUUAUCUCAUAGAAAUUCAUUAGAUACAAACCUGACUUCCAUGCUUUUUCAGAGCUUGUCUGAAGAAGAUCUAGUUACGCAGAUUUUGGAAAAACAUAAAAUAGAUCAUUUUUCUCCUGGGACAGACAUAAAAAUGUGCUUGGACAUCUUACUGAAAUGCUCUGAAGAUUUGAAAAAAUGCACAGACAUCAUAAAACAAUGUAUAAAGAAAAAGUCAGAUGGAAGCAUCAAUGAAGGAAGUGGCAAUGAGGCAAUUUCUAACUCUGAAACUGUCUAUAUGAAUGUAAUGACCAGGUUAGCUUACUACUUGAGAAAGUUACCAUUUGAAUUUAUGCAGUCUGGGAAUAAUGAGACCAUAGAAUUGACAGAACUUGUCAAUAAUAUACCUAACUUACAACUGACUCCAUUCUCCCCAUUAUAUGGGACUGAACAACCCCCUAAAUAUGAAGAUAUUGUCCACCUCUCAGCCCUUGACUCUGCACAGUUUCAGACUAUUGGAUUGCAAGAUGACAAGUAUAAUUUUAAACAAGCAGACACUGUAAAAGCCACUCCAAACAACACAAAUUCCUUGUGUAGCUUGGAGGUAAACGAUCCUGGAACUCUAAAACCUAUGCAGCUUCAAUCACCGUUAUUAACCAUAAACCAUUUAGAGAAUGUUUCUUCUGGUAACUUAAUGGAAACUCUGUAUAUUGAAGAAGAGUCAGAUGGGAAGAAAUCAUUAUUAGAUAAAGGACAAAAAGCAGAGAAUGGACAAGGUCAGGAACCAUUAAAGGUAAAUGAACAUAAAGAAUUUUCAGACCAUGAUACCUAUCUUAAAAAAUGUCCUGCCUCAAUGCAAAAUGAAAUUGGUAAGAUAUUUGAAGAGCCAAUGAUGGUUCAUCCACCUAAGGAAGAUUCUAAAUUAGAAGUUCCUACCACAGAACUCAGAGACCAGAGACACUUUAUGACUCCUAACAGUCAAGAAGAGAUAGACAAAUUAUUAAUGGAUUUGGAAUCGUUCUCACAGAAGAUGGAGACCUCUCUAGGAGAACCACUUGCCAAGGGUAAAAGCAUCAAUUCUCUAAAUAAUCAUAGUCAUUUGACUGGUCAGAUCCACAAAGAUCUUGAGCCUAAACCUGUAGUCUCUUCAGCUACUGAAAAAGUCUCACCUUCUUGUCUAACAAGGAUUAUUGAAAACAAUGGACACAAAAUAGAGGAAGAGGACCGAGCCCUCUUACUUCGAAUUCUGGAAAGCAUUGAAGACUUUGCUCAAGAACUAGUUGAAUGCAAAUCAGGCAGAGGGAGCCUAUCACAAGAAAAGGAAAUGAUGCAAAUUCUACAGGAAACCUUGACAACUUCUUCCCAGCCCACUCCCUCCAUCUGUAGGAGCCCUGUUGGUGAGAAACCCAAAGAUAGUACUUCAGUUGUUUUGAUUCAGCAAACACCAGAAGUGAUCAAGAUUCAAAAUAAACCAGAAAAAAAACCUGCAUCACCAUUUCCACCUGCAGCUGCCCUUCCAAGUAGUCCCCAGCCUGUCUCCCCUGUUCCUUGUGUGAGUGAUGUCGUGAAUACACCGUUGUCCAUAAACAUUCCACAGUUCUACUUUCCUGAAGGACUCCCAGACACCUGCAGUAACCAUGAACAGAUCCUAAGCAGAAUUGAAACUGCUUUCAAGGAUAUUGAAGAUCAGAAAGCAGAUAUUCAUGAAAUGGGGAGAAUUGCAAAGGUCUGUGGCUGUCCACUCUAUUGGAAAGCCCCCAUGUUCAGGGCUGCAGGAGGAGAGAAGACUGGACUUGUGACAGCACAGUCAUUCAUCGCCAUGUGGAAAAAGUUGCUAAGUAACCAUCAUGACGAUGCCUCCAAGUUCAUCUGGCUUCUGGCAAAGCCCAGCCACAGCUAUCUAGAACAAGAGGAUUUUAUCCCUUUACUUCAGGAUGUGGUAGAUACACACCCUGGCCUCACUUUCCUGAAAGAUGCUCCAGAAUUCCAUUCCCGCUACAUCACCACGGUUGUUCAGAGAAUAUUCUACACAGUCAACAGAUCUUGGAGUGGAAAAAUUACUUCGACAGAGAUAAGGAAAAGCAACUUUUUGCAAACUCUGGCCCUUUUGGAGGAAGAGGAAGAUAUAAACCAAAUUACAGAUUACUUCUCUUAUGAACAUUUCUAUGUCAUUUAUUGUAAAUUCUGGGAACUAGAUGGUGAUCAUGACCUGUACAUCAGCCAAGCUGAUCUAUCUCGAUACAAUGACCAGGCUUCAUCAAAUAGAAUUAUUGAAAGAAUAUUUUCUGGAGCAGUGACAAGAGGAAAAACUGUACAAAAAGAGGGAAGAAUGAGCUAUGCAGAUUUUGUUUGGUUUUUGAUUUCUGAGGAAGACAAACGGAACCCUACCAGCAUUGAGUACUGGUUCCGCUGCAUGGAUGUGGAUGGAGAUGGAAUACUUUCCAUGUAUGAACUAGAGUACUUCUAUGAAGAGCAGUGUGAACGAAUGGAAGCCAUGGGCAUUGAGCCCUUGCCGUUCCAUGAUCUAUUGUGCCAGAUGCUUGAUUUGGUGAAGCCAGCUAGUGAUGGCAGAAUAACUCUGCGAGAUCUGAAGAGGUGCAGAAUGGCUCACAUCUUCUAUGACACUUUCUUUAACCUAGAGAAAUACUUGGACCAUGAACAAAGAGAUCCUUUUGCAGUCCAGAAGGAUGUUGAAAAUGAUGGCCCUGAGCCCUCUGACUGGGACAGAUUUGCUGCUGAGGAGUAUGAGGCUCUCGUGACUGAGGAAUCUGCCCAGGUUCAGCUCCAGGAAGGCUCAUUUGAAGACUAUGAAUCGGAUGAACCUGUAUCUCCCUCUGAACUUGGAAACAAGGGCAAUAAAAUAGUAACUUCAAGCCUUUCAGAGAAAUGUGGAAAGCUUCAGUCAGUGGAUGAAGAGUAGUUGCCAUUAUCUACACAAAAAGGAUGGUGUGGAGAGAUGUUCUAGUUUGUGCACUGCUUUGUAAAGGAUUUGAUUCCUCCAAGUGCACUAGAAACUAAAAUGCUCUAAGUAGUUCAGCACAGGAGACCCCUCCAGUUUUGUUGAAAAUGUGCAGAGCUCUUCCUUGGAAGUAACAUACUGUCAUCAAUCACCUUCCAAAGUCUGCAGUCCGUGCUCUACACCCCUCAGUGUACGGAGGCUCCCUUGGAAACAAGGCCACACACAGUUCUCUGCACAGAAGCAGAAGCUGCCUUGGUUCUGGCCAGCUUCCCUGUGGUACCUCAGGCUCCUACAGAACCUUUAAGAAAACUUCACUUGCAGAAAACUUGAGUCAAAAGUUCUGGAACUUGAAAAAGGGCCUCUAGAACUGACUUUGUCCUAGUAACAAAAGCACUGCCAAAACAUCUCAGAAACUACUUAUACAUACUGGAGUUCAGGGACCUUGAACUUACCUGGUUUAAUGUAAUUUCACCAUGACCUGCCAAACUGCUAAGUCACUUUACAUUCUCAGGUAUUGUAACCAACCACUGGGCCCUUCCAGCUCUGCUGGCAAGCUCUGGCAGCCUCUGUAUCUGACUGUGGACCUUGUAUAAAAAUCUCAUGAAAAAUUUUUCUGAAAAUGAAGACAAGUACAGAAUUUGGCGCUUACUAACAUUUGUAGACAAUUAUUGGAUGAUGUAUUAAUCUACAGAUUAAUGACCUAUCUUCAUUUCUAGCAGAAGGCUUUACUUGAAGACGUAAGGAAUGUGACAUACCAUGGAAACUUCUCACUAUACAUAUUCCGUUCCCUUCUCUUGAAUACUAGACUAAGUCAAAAGUAAAAGGCACAAACUAAGCAACAGUAUUCCUUACUUCCUGUGGAAAAUACCUACUGCACCAAGGUAUUUCAUCCACCUCACUCUAUCAACCUUGGAAGAAAAACAAUGAUUCUCACCCACAGUAGAAAGCCUGUUUGUUUUACUGCAGUGGUAAAUUAAGAAUCCUAUACUUUCCAACAGGCCACAGUGCAGCCAACCCCUACAAUAUGCUUGUUGUUACCUUUUAUGCUGAAAAAAAAAAAAACUAAAAAAAAAAAAAAAAAAAGUUUAUUUCUAAAAUCAAAGCGAUUCUCUCCUCUGUCCCAACUUUAAAGAGUCAGAGUAGCCUAGCCCCCCUUCCUCUCCAUCCUAGUUCUCUUCCUAACAGAAAGGUAAAGCAGUGAAAUAAUCAAACCUUAGGUGAUGGAAAGCCACACAUGGAGAAAAUGAGAAUUUAAGAAAUGUAGUAUCAACUAAUACUAGAAAUUAGCAAGCCCUGCAACCCACCUGUCCCAAGGUCCUCCAGUUCUCUAAGACUCAACUCAUCUCCUUACAACCAUUAGGAACUGGGAACUGUCACAACUAGGAGCUAACCCAGAUAAUUAAAACCUAAGAGUGACUACAUUGAGGGAAAAUUUUACAAACAAAACACACACACACAUAACACACACACACAGUGGGUGGUAUAUGCCUAAAUUCUCAGGAUUUAGGUAGUCAAGGCAGGAGACAGAGAAUGCACUAUAUACAUUAGCCUAAAUACUCUGUUUACUGUAACGCCAGCAUUCGGGAGAUUCAGAUCAAGGGUUCAAAGUUUGAGGUCAGCAUGGGCUACAUAGUCUUAAAAAGAAUUGUAUGAUGUUACCACCAAUCCCAUCCUAGUUUAGCAGGAAGAGGAAGUGAUUAAUUUCAGACGAGAAAAUACAAAAGAGUAAUACUUGUUUUCAAAAAGGUGGGGGGUGGUUUAAAGGAUUUUAUUAGCUGGAUAGUCUAAUGUAUUUUGAGCACAAUAUAAAAUCCAGCUUUAUAAUAUCCUUUAAACAACAGGAGCACAGGGCUGAGCCGGUUAGACCUCACUGGCUGCACUGAAAUGUAUACAACUUGUACUUUAUCUGUGGUGCUGGGAAUCAAAACCUAGAACCAUCCACAUGCUACAAAAGCACUCCACCACCACUGCACCUCAGCCCUCUUUAACUUACUCUGCUCCCUUGUUCCUCCACCCUUACUCAAACUCUUGCUUUUUUUUUUACUUUGAUCAAAACCCAUCAACACCAUUCAGUUGGAAGACUAUUUAAUUUGGGUUACCUGAAUUACACUUUUUUCAUAAACAAGUGCUUCACCCUAUUCCUUUCUUAGAAAUGAAUGCAAGGAGUAAGGAACUAGGUUAGUAUGUAUUUGAAAUUUUGGUAAAGAUCAAGCUAAGUAUAUUCCAUACUACCAAACUGGAAAUGUCAAAUUGUGACAAUACCCCAGGAACCUUGGAAAAGAUGAAUUAUAAUCUAAAGCAGUGGUUCUCAACACUCCUAAUGUGACCUUUUAAUACAGUUCCUCAUGUUGUGACCCCCCAACCAUACAGUUAUUUCUUUGCUACUUCAUAACUGUCAUUCUGACAUUACUAAUCAUGGUGUAAAUAGCGGAUAUGCGUUAUGCAACCCCUGUGAAAGGGGCUUCAACCCACAGGCUGAGAACCACUGAACUAAAUAUUUAAUGAAAGGAGGGUUUCAUAGCAUAAUUGCCAAGGUAAUCAAACUAAUAUAAUUUUGUAUAUUUCCUAUUACUAUACUAUUCAAAAUGUUCGAAAAAAAAAAAAAAGGAAAGGAAAGGAGAAGAAAGAAAAUACCAAAACUCUAACUCAGAAUAUCAUUUGCUUGGCUUUAAAAGUGUUUGAGUAGAGAUGGUGCAUGACUUGUUUUCCCCUUUUGCCAAACAAAAUAAAGCUGUCUAUGUAUGAAUUGUGCUCACUUUA